CCAGCGAUAAAACUUUUCUUUCACUUUCUCAUCAUUUUUUUAUUUCCUCAUUAUGAAACUGCUAAUCUGAACAUCUGAAGGCGUUUCUAUGCUCUAUCCAACUGCUGCUGCUCAUAACAUAGCUUAGAACGACUGUAUAAUGGCUGGUUUAGUUUGUUUGUGGUUUAAUUUAAGCACUAGGUGUUGUUUAAAUCCUUUAAUAUCCACCACUAAUACAUGUCGUCUCUACCAAGUUAGCUUAUCAACCCUGUGCCAUAUAUAUUCACUCAACUUGAGUCUGACUGAAUAUGUUCCUCCGUCUUCAUUUUCAAGACUUAUAUCUCAAUGAAAGCAAAGGAAAACUAUUGUCAAAUGUUUCAAGUCUACUACUUCUAUUAUCAAAAAACAAGGGAGAAUUAUUGCCAAAUUUUUUCCGGUUUACUGCCUUUAGUAUCAAAAAACAAGGGAGAACUAUUGUCAAAUAUUUUCCGGUCUACUGCAUUUAUUAUCAAAAAACAUGGGAGAACUAUUGUCAAAUUUUUUCCGGUCUACUGCCUUUAUUAUCAAAAAACGGGAUAGGUAUUAUUGACUUUUCGUUGUUAAAAUGCGCAUUAAACGUUUACGGAGCAUGUUAUCUCGGUUUAGAUGUUUAUGAUCUUAUGAAGAUGAUACUAGUGCAAAUUCAUCUGUUGAUGGUGUUACUACGUUUAAAAUAUUCUGGGUUAAGGUAAGUAGCAUGCAUCUUGUAGAUAUUUUAAAUGCAAAUAAAGUUUCAGUUACUACAAAAUAAUUAUCGUCUUUCAUAAUUUGCAUCAACCAUUGCUACUCUAAUUGUUUACAUGUGAGUCAAUCAAGCCAAUCUGAAUAAGUAAAAUAUAUUUACUUUUCUGAUAAGGAAUGAUGAACUUUGGAAAUUAAGAUCAUAUCGAUCCCAAACCACUUUCAUAUUU